UCGUGUUGUGGGGGGGUCGUUACUAAGCGGUUUCUCUCCACCUUUGACAUACAUGGACGGAUGUGCAGCUUUUCUGGAAACCCGCUUUCUUUUUUCCCGGCAUAAGUAAAUUUUUUUCUAGUGUUCCUCGUGUUGUUGACACAGCUGGUAAAGUAAACAUGCAUGAGGCAAGCGUUGGCCCCCGGGGUCCGACCAAUCUGUGAAGAGGGGAGUGGGAGCCCUGGAGUUUCCUCCACUGAGGUUCUGCUCCUCCGGGAUCCUCAUGUUUUUGGACUGGUUCUCAGCAAAGCCGUGAUGUGGUGCUGGAGCCGGUGGACCUGCGGACUGCUGGCCGGGACGGGCGCCUGCUGGGAUGACGGGAAUUAUUACAGGACGGUCACGAGCAAAGGAAGACAGAGCUCGACGCAGGAGAUCGGCGAGGAGGCGGAGGAGGACGCCAUCUUCACCAUCACGUUGCGGAAGGUGCAGCUUCACCAGUCGGCCAGCAAGGGGCAGCGAUGGCUGGGCGUGGAGACGGACUCCGCCCUGAGCCUCUACGAGACCUGCAAGGUGCGGACCAUCAAGGCCGGCACUCUGGAGAGGCUGGUGGAGUACAUGGUGUCAGCGUUCAAGGGCAAAGACUCCACCUACGUCACCAUCUUCCUCUGCACCUACCGAUCCUUCGCCACCACCAAGCAGGUGCUGGAUCUCCUGCUCAACAGGUAUGCCAAGCUCCAGAAUGUGCCUGCAGCCACAGCACACAGAAUCUCCCAGGACGACUGCACAGAGCUGAGAAACACUGUUUCCUCCAUCCUGGGCGCGUGGCUGGACCAGUACUCUGAGGACUUCUGGAGCCCUCCCAACUACGAGUGUCUGCACCAGCUCCUCGCUUACCUUCACCUCCACUUUCCCGGCUCGGACCUGGAGCGCCGUGCCCGCAACCUGCUGGCCCACUUCCACCGAAGACAGCAGUGUGAGCCUGAUCCUGAUGGGGAACACAUCGGCUGCCCUUUCGCUACGCAGGAAGAGAGCGGCUUUGAGGAUGAGCUUCCUGCGUUUAGUUUCCUGUCGUUUGACCCCAUCAUGGUGGCCGAGCAGUUCACGCUCAUGGACGCGGAUCUGUUUAAGAAGGUGGUCCCCUACCACUGCCUGGGGGGGAUUUGGUCUCAGCGGGAUAAGAAAGGUAAGGAGCACCUGGCUCCCACCAUCAGAGCCACCGUGGCCCAGUUCAACUCUGUCACCAACUGUGUCAUCACCACCUGCCUGAGCAACCCGACACUGAAGCCCAACCAGAGAGCCCGACUGCUGGAGCGGUGGAUCGAUGUUGCUCGGGAGUGUCGGAUACUGAAGAACUUCUCCUCAUUGCGAGCCAUCCUCUCCGCCCUGCAGUGCAACGCCAUCCACCGCCUGAAGAGGACGUGGGAGGAAGUGUCACGGGAAAGUUUCCGAACCUUCCGCGAGCUGUCCGAGAUCUUCUCUGACGACAACAACUACUCCCUGAGCCGAGAGCUGCUGGUGAAGGAGGGCACCUCCAAAUUUGCAACUUUAGAAAUCAACCCUAAACGAGCUCAGAGGCGACACCAGCAGCAGAGAGACCUGGGAGUGAUGCAGGGGACCAUUCCUUACCUGGGGACUUUCCUGACAGACCUGGUGAUGAUGGACACUGCCAUGAAGGAUUACACUGAGGGCGGUCUGAUCAACUUUGAAAAGAGAAGAAAGGAGUUUGAGGUGAUCGCUCAGAUCAAACUGCUCCAGCUGGCCUCCAACAACUACAAUUUCACUCAGGACAGCCACUUCAGGGAGUGGUUCGCCGGCGUGGAGAAACUCAGCGAGGCAGAGAGCUACAAUCUGUCCUGUGAGAUCGAGCCUCUGUCAGAGUCGGCGAGCAACACGCUCCGGGGCAAGAAGAACGGAGGGAUCAUGAAGCGCUGGAGCGACCGGCAGCUGACGGAGGCCGGCUCCAGCGGCGCCGCGGGCUCUCACUCCAAGUCCUUCGACCACACGCACUACAGACCAUACCAAGGAGGCGGGGGGGACAGCGGCGACGCCCUCAGCGUCACCUCCGUCAGCUCGAGCGGGUCAGACCUGGAGGAUGUGAACGCCAGCUUCCUGUCGGACUCGCCGGAGGGACACGAGAGAAAGACGUCGACUCCUUCGGUGAAACUAACUGUCUCAGCGCUGGGGAGAGAAGCUCCACCUGCAGAUACGACCUCAACGUUUUGGGAAUGUACGUCUCUGUCGUCCCUCGACACCUCCGGGAUGGGCUCCAGCUCCGGUUCAGCCUCCGGCUCCAGCAGCGCCUCUUCCUCCUCCGUCUCCUCCUCCACCCCGCUGUCGGCCUCGCGCUCGCACAAACGCUCGGUGUCAGCGGUGUCGAACUACUCGACUCUGUCGCUGCCGUUGUACAACCAGCAGGUGGACGACUGCUGCAUCAUCAGGGUCAGCCUGGACGUGGAGAACGGCAACAUGUACAAGAGCAUCCUGGUGACGAGUCAGGACAAGACUCCAGCGGUGAUCAGGAAGGCCAUGAUCAAACACAACCUGGAGCGAGAGAAGACCGAGGACUACGAACUCAUGCAGAAAAUCUCUGAGGACAAAGAGCUCCGGAUCCCGGACAACGCCAACGUCUUCUACGCCAUGAACUCCACUGCCAACUACGACUUCGUGCUGAAGAAGCGCGGCCUGGCCCGGCCGGUGCGGCCCAAGAACGUGGCCAGCUCGACGCUUCCUCGCAUGAAACAGAAGGGACUGAAAAUCGCUAAAGGGAUUUUCUGAGGAGAAACUCGCAACUUCCUGCCUCCUCUUCCUCCUCCUCCACUCACCCCUUUCUUCUCCUCCUCCUCCUCCUCCUCGUUCACCUUCUCUGACCUCCGCUCGUCAGCUUCUGCUCAGGUGCUUGAGUUUUUGCUCAGACAAAAACUGGAGAUCCAAGAGGAGGAAUUACCAAGUGAACCUUUCUGAGGACUACCAGGAAGCAGAGGAGCACCUCAACACUUUAACUGUCGCGUCAUCGGGACCCUCCGAGGACGUCAAAGGCCGAAGGACGCGUCUGUGGGGGAAAAACGAGGCGUGUUAGCUGCUCGGAGUCCUUCAGCCUGAGUGUCCGUGCCGGCUCGUGAAAAGCAGUUCGAUCUCCCGGUCCUUUACGUUUUUGUUUACAGCUGUUUACAUCUUCACAUCACUCGGUCAGUUCAGGCGUUUCUGAACCUUCAACAAAAACACUUCUUGGUUUUUUUUUUUUUUCUUUUUGCUUGUUUUUUUUAAACCCUGCGGCCGCACUCAUCCCUGUAUGAUACCCUUCAGUGUUCACGCUCGCACCCUCCUGCCGUGGAGCGAACAUUAACGGACAAAAGGUGUCUGAAUGUGUUUCUAAUUUUUCAGGGAGCUUUUGUUGCAAGUGCACCGCCUCCGCCUUCGCCCCGGCGGUCCCUGAUGUCGACGGUGUUUGUGGGACUGCGGCGCUCGAAGGUUUCGCUCUCCGCCGUCUCAGCAUUUCAACACCAGCGACGCUGACGCAGGCGCGGAGGAAUCUGGAGUCUUCGAACUCCUGAACGCUGCCAGAAACAUGGUGUCAAAAUCCAGUGGGCACAGCCAUGAAUCACACGCCACUGUUUUCUUUUUUAUUAUUAAUGAAUCGUAACCACUACACGGAGAAGGAUGCAGCAAACGGGACAGAAACACGAGCUGAGAACAAGACAGAAAAACUGAGUGUAUAUAUCGAUUAACACCAUCUGUGCAGUAUAUUCUUUUCAAACGGACCACGAGAUUUUGUUAACAGACUCGACACUUUGUUUUCUCUUUGUACAUUUGUUUGCAUCUCUCUCUUUGAUAUGGUGCUGCUACUUUCUGAAGACGGCAUAAUGAGCUGCACCUCACUUUUGUUUUUUCCUCUUCCUCCUGACCGCCGGCCGCCGUGUUAGAAAACCACAGAAAUGCCUGAGAGACACGAGGCGUUACAGAGUUGAUGAGGGGAUAACCUGUCGCUUCUUUAACCCCGGGCCGCUCUGCCCGGAGGAAUCGAUAGAUGUGUGUUAGCUGUGCUCCCGACAUGGCGGCUCGUGCUUCAUGUCCAUCAGUUUCCAAACGUGCCAGAUUAGCGCUGCGGUAUCGUCCGUGGUUUUUGUGUGUCGGUGGUGACAGCAGAGUCUUUCCUCUCUGGGCUCCAGCAGUAACGUGAAAAAGUAGAUUUGGGUGAAUUUUAGCUUCUGUGUUCUCGUUAACGUGCAGAGGAGCUUCUGAAGGUUCUGCGUGCAGGAGCCCAGGCGAAGGACGGUGACGCUGCCAGACUGAACGCGAGGGAACAAACUCUUCUCUUUAUUCUCUCUGUUUCUUUAAAGGAAAAAUCCAACCUAAAACACACUCACGCAGUUUUUGGUGACUUGCUUCAGAUAUUUGUGGUUGGUAUUCCAUUCCUGUGGAUGCUAAGUGACCGAACUAACAGCAGAAAUGCUAACAGCUAAACUGAAACCAGAUACGUCCUCCACACAAAGCAGCUUCUCAUUUCUAACUUUCAGGUCUUCUUUUUUUUUUUGGCCAAUUAAGACCAAACGUUGAAACUCUGUCUCCAGUUUUUAAAAGUAGAGCCCUAUAAAAGCUCUUAGAUGGUCCCCUGAUCUACAUACUCAGCUGUUACUCUGCAUUCACACGCUCCUUGGAUGGUCCUGUCUCCCAGUUUGGGAAGUUAUUCCUCUGAUUUCAGGCUUUUCAUGUGCUUUUAAGUUGUGGAAACAACAAAGAUGAAGAAGAUGAUCACUAAUGGGACCAUAAUUUACAAAACUGAGAUUCUGCUCUAUUCACUGAGGCUUGAAUCUGGCAUUUGAGACCAUAAACUCAACAGGAAAGAGAUUCCUGAAGUCAUAAAUCAUGUCAGUAGUAGGAUUAUUUUCUUAUGCAACCAGAAGUCUAUUUGGACCUUCAGGAGUCGCCCCCUGCUGGCCAUUAGAAAGCCUGCAGGCUUAAAGGACUUUUCAGAAAUGUCACCCAUCUUUUAUAUACAGUCUAUUAUAACUACUGUAGGCUAGUAAGCAGCAGAUGCUAAUGUUUGUCAUGUUUGCAUCAUGUAUUAGAGCAGAUAAACACACAUUUACAUUUAGGUGUUUGUUUCACUUCACCUGCUGGACUUUUACGUACGUUUUUGUCAGUGCUGUUGCAAAGCAUUCUGGGAAAUGGAGGACAUCACAAAUUUAGGGAAAUAUAGGUCACCAGAUACACUUAAUGACGAAAAUCUGAGGUUGGAUUUUUCCUAAUGUGUUGUUCACCUUGUGAGUUGGCCUGCACCUCGACCGUGUUUUGCCUUUUUUUUUUUUUCAUCUGCAUGAAGGUCACACAUUAAGGAUCAAACGAAUGAAGCGCCCAUUUAAAAAAAAAAAAAAAGUGAAAGCAAUAAGGUGAUGAUCAGCAGGAGGCACGGCGUCGGGCUGUCGUGGGUGUUGCUCGGGCCACUGUGGCGUGAAAUCCUUCGCUGUUGAACACUGUGACCUUCGACCCUUUCACUCUGCCCUCUCUGCCUGUUGAUCGGCGCGUCCUGUCGAGCACUGUGAACCCAAACGUCUCAUUCCCUCCUAAUGAUGUCGUAGUGAAAAUCUGCCCUUUGCCCAUCGCGCCGGCGAGCAGCGAAGGCGGCAGGCUUGACCCUACAUGUGCCAAAAAAACAGAAAAAGGUUGAACAGACGGCUCCUCUGCCUUUUCACGGUGAAAAAAAAAAAGUUUGUUUGUUUACUGUUGUUUUCUGGAAGAAAAAAAAAGGGGAGAACACUAUGGAAAAACGUGUGGACCCAUUUUCCUGUGGAGACUGUUGUCCGAGAAACUUGAAGCAGACGUGUUGGUCAGGAGCUGCCGGAAAACCUGCACUUUCCUGUUUUAAAAUCUUUUUAUUCCAACCAAACGUCACAGGCCGAAUUAUAUGAAGGGGAAAUAAAAUCCCGCACGCUGUCAACCGCUGUGUAACAUUAUGGUGUGUAAGAACAUGUUACACCAGACACAGAGAGACUCUGACCAUGUUUUGGUAAUUAAAAUUAAAUAAUGUGGUAAAACCUGCGCUCGGGCAGGAUUUUUGUUUUUUAAGGGUCUCAGCCUCAUGUGGCCAAUAGUGGAACUACAGUUUUGGCACUUCUAGCAUGAGCUUAACUUUUUCAUCCCGGGAGUUUGGACUUUGCUGACACUUCAUCAAUGGGCUGAAAUUAAUUCAAGUUUGAGGUCUUCCCGCCUUUGGCCUCGACUUUCUAGAGGAAAAUAGUCCAAACCCAUAACUAGCAACACAUUUGAAUAUUCCACUUGUAGUCUGCCCUCUGGUGGCAUUUUCAUGUGUUACAUGGCCUCAAUUCAGCAUAGACAAAACAGCAUCUGUUUUUUGAUGGUACUGGAACUCCUGCUGUCAGUAUUUCUAAAUAGUUCAUCAGUUUUCUCCAGCUUAUCGAGCUCAGGGUUGUGGUUGGGCUGCAGCUGGAGGCAGCUGCCGUUGGGCGACACCCCGGGACAGGUCGCCAGUCUGUCGCAAGGCUAACACAGAGAUUAACACUCAAAUUCACACCAGUGGAAAAUUUAGAAUCCCAGGUUAGCCUAACCUUUCCCAUCUUUAGAUUAGGAGGAGGCCGGACACAGACAGAACAUGCAAACUCCACACAGAAAGGCUGGCUGGUGGAUUUGAACGCAGGACCUUCUUGCUGUGAGGCGAUGGUGCUAACCACCACAUUAUCGUGAUAUCACCCAUCCAGUCAGUGCAGCGUGUAGCCUUAUCCCCGGCUCUUUGUGUAACAGGACCUUAAAAACCGUCUCUUUGAUAAAUUGUUUCAUUCUCUUACAUGAUGUCACAAAUUGAUCAGAGGUUAUAAAUGAGCUGCUUUAUACCCUCUGUCUGAUCUGUUCUCAGCGUCUCCCACACGUGGGUUAGUAAAAUACAGAACAUCCCCAGCCUCGAGUUUUACUUUUCCAAACACAACCUGAAUGCAGCAUCAGUUCUGUCCCUGUGCUGUUUGGUUGGAACAGAAAAGUUUGUAUUUUUGAGGCCGUUUCUGUGGACGUUUUCCGCAGCAGCUCCAUCUCGCAGACCUUUGAGGCGACCUUCCUGACCCUGCGAGUGUUUCUGUGCUGGUGAAGUUGACGUGAUGGACCGCUCUGUGUCGUCGUAGCCCGUGCUGACAGUGACAUACCUUUUGUGAUUUGACCUGAUUCUGUGCGAGUUUGAACAAAAAAAACAAAAAAGGCUGCGUUUACAAGAAAAAACAGAACAAAGUGGAAACCAGCUGGUGUGGUGUGUGUGUGUGUGUGUGUGUGUGUUUCCUUUUUUAUUAUUAUUUUGUUCCCCUGAACUGUGCUCGGGUGCCAUUUCCCAUUUUAACAAAAGGAUUUCAGAACUUUUUCUAACUGCUUCUUUGUUUUCCUUUCCCCAAGAACACAAAAACCUGUGUAGAAAACAAAAACUGUCCUUGAUUGUCUUUAUUUAUUAAUUUGUAUAUAAAGAUUUUGUUUUGCAUUGUACAUUCUCUCCUUUCUUGGUUAGAGAUUAA